AUGUAUGAGCAGGAUCUGGAUCAACGUAAUUGGGACGAAUAUGCAGAACGGCCCAUAAUACCACAAGAGAACGGAUCCGAGGUGAAAUCACUUUCUACAUGCUACAUGGUUGGGGUCCUGGAUCUACCCUUGAAGCGGUGGCGAUAUCACAUUCAAAAGUAUUACCGACAAACUCGAGAACAUGAUAACCAGCGUUUGCGCCAAGCCAUCGCGGAUCAAACUGACACACACAACGAUCUACGUGAAGAAUAUGCGAUGAAGCUUGCCCAUCUAUGGCAUGGACAAUUUCGUGUUGCCGAGAAGAUUGGAGAAUACGCGGUGAAGCUUGACGUAGCACGAUCAGCGUAUAGCAUCUUUCCAGAUGCAGCUCGAUUCGACUUCGAUGAGACGCUCGUCCCUGGAGAUAGUUGGGUCCAAGAUCGGGAUCCAGACGAAUAUGAAGUAUACAAAAUUUCGCAUAUGAGGACUGGUAAGAAGACGCGAUAUGGACGGAUCUACAGAGCAUGCUUGGUCGAGAAACAGGAUCGACAUAAAAUUACAUAUAACUUGGUGCCGAGUGAGGAUCUAUGUGAAGUGAAUCAAUACGAGUGUGAAUAG